AUGAGUAAGGCAGCGGAGUUCAAAGCUUUGGGGGGCUGCGGCUCUCGCGCCUUCUCUCUUGUCUGCAUUCUUCCACUACUUUUCUACAGUGGCUUUGUGCUCACGGAGGAGGCAGCUGGAGGGUCAGCGGCUGCUCAAGAGGCGCGCUCCUGCCGCGCGGAAGCCGACACGACUGUGGUGUUUCAGGCCGAGGACAGUGAGCGGGGGUUGAAAUGCCCAGACGGAUGGAAACUGGAACCCAGUGACAAGUCCUAUGCGUACCAGGAGGGCAGCGAUUCCGAAAAGUCAUUGGAUGACAUCUUCACAGGGAGGAAGCUGAACGGAAGCAAGCCUGCAUUCUCCUCGACGCAUCCAGCCGGUGGCAACCGGAAGAAGGCGACCUGGUACUACAGAUGCAUUCGAGAAAACACUACCACUACAACUACCCCUACAACUCUCACUCCAACUCGACUGCAACCGCACUACAACUAUCACUACAACCACCAAAACAACCACCACUCCGGCACAAUCUACCACUGCAAUUGUCACCCUAAGUUCAGCCGUACUCCUCGGCAAGCUCGGAUGUCACUAAAGAGGACCCUGACGCUAGCGACACGCACAGCGGUGGUGGCGGAGGCAGAGGUGGAGGCAGAGGUGGAAUCGGCGGUUCUGGCCACACGACCGAUGACGACUCGGAAUUACGUGAUGAGAACGGCGAAACUAACCUACAGGGUUCGCAAGCCGGAGUGGUGGGAGGCAUUGGCGGUCAUGCUCAACAAGGACAAGAGUCUGGCUGACAAGCCUGAGGCCCCAGCCAAGAAUACCUCGUAUGUACUGCGAGUGGAUGAGCUGCCUGCAGAGCAGCAGGCCCUCUGCUACAAAUGCGUUGCCGCCUCGAAGGAUGGAGGACAUGAUGCACGAUCGGAGGAGGCCGCGCAGGAGUGCCGGGUGAAGAUCGCUGUGUCCUCAUCCGCUUUGUCGCCAUCGGUUUUAUCUGCUGUCUCGCUCUCUGCUCUUGGUUUCGUGGCACUUGCACUUGGUUCCCUUUAA